AUGCCUAUUGACAUUGAUAGAAUACAACAUGACAUCAAUAAUGAGUUCUUACAUGAAGUCGAUAAAAAUUCGACUAACGACUCUAAUGGGGAUAAAUCAAAUAUACCAAGCGAUCAACAACAACAUCCAGAGGAUAUACUAGUUGGUAACAAUUCAAUACCAUCCUCUUUAAGAUAUAUUAUGGGUAAUGAGGUCUGUGAAAGAUUCUCAUUCUAUGGACUAAGAACAAUACUUAGUAUAUACUGUACAAAUUUCAUGGGAUACACUGCCAACACUGCCACAAUCAUUGUAUCUACCUUUAACUUUUUGGCAUUCGCUUUCCCACUACUUGGAGCUUACUUGGCUGAUGCAAGAAUUGGAAAGUUCAAUACAUUGUUUGCAUUCAGCAUUGUAUAUUGUAUAGGCGGCAUUAUAAUGGCUGUAACAUCGAUUGAAGGGGUCACUGGUCCUGGACCAGGAGAUCGAUCACCCUGGGGUCUGAUACUUGGUCUGAUACUGAUCAGUGUAGGCACGGGUGGAAUCAAACCAGUGGUGUCAGCAUUCUGUGGCGAUCAACUCAACUCUGACCAGAAGCAUCUGCUUCAAAAGGUGUUCCAGAUGUUCUAUUGGUCCAUCAAUCUUGGCUCAUUCUUCUCUUGUAUUUUGACACCAUUGCUGCGACGAUACGUUGGCUACUGGCUGGCAUUUGGCGUGCCCUCCUGUCUGCUGGUGCUGUCCACAGUGGUCCUGUUGAUGGGUCGCAGGAAGUAUGUGUACCGACCUGUGGCCGGCAGCAUCCUGCUGGACAUGUUCAGCGUGUUGGGAUGUGCUGUACGUGAGAAAAUCAAGUCAAGAAAGGAUGGCUAUGAUGACAGGUACUAUCACGAUCAUUGGUUGGAUCGCGCAAAGAUCAAGUUUGAUCAGAAAUUGGUCGACUCUGUACGCGCAGCACUGAAGGUCCUUGUGGUCUUCCUGCCUAUGCCAUUCUUUUGGGCGUUGUACGAUCAGACUGCAUCACGCUGGGUGCAGACCGCUCAGACAAUGGACCUUCACAUCACAGGCGGCUUUAGUCUGGAGCCCGACCAGAUCCAGCUACUACCAGCUGCCUCAAUACUUUUGUCUCACCUGCGCCGAGAUCCUGAUAUCAAUCACUGGUCUGGAAUUUGCGUAUGCUCAGGCGCCAGCCACGAUGAAAUCGAUGAUCAUGUCAAUGUGGCUGCUGACCAACUCACUUGGCAACGUUAUCAUUAUUGUUGUGAUUGA